GUUAUAAAUGUGAGUCGUUUGCGCCGUCAUGCCAUUCCUGCCGCCGUCGCCGCCGCCAUGUCGCCGCUCGCCCGCUCGCUGCUCGCGCUCGCCGCGCUGCUCGCCGCCGCCGACGCUAUUCCCAACCCUUUUUGCGACAGCCUGAGUAGAGGGAAACAAACAUACGAUUCUUCUGAAACUUUUGAGAUAACUGCCACCGGUGAUUCGGUCACCACUAUACCUGAUAAAUGUGCAAGACCAGGAAGGAGGUUAGUCGGCGAUUAUCUCAGUGUGUGUAACGCCUACCACAAACCCAAACUCGACACGCCCAUGGGCAUCGCCAACCCUUUAGGGGCUGUGUACAUCACCUGCCCCAGGAGUGAGGCUGGCUGCUCGCAGCUUAAGCUGCAAGUGACGCAAUACUGCGAGAUGGUCACGGGGCCUACGCCUCUGCUCUUGGGUUAACGUUGUGGCAAUCAAGUUGCUUAGCCGAAUGAAGAUUGUUCAUAUCGAAAUUUAAGUAUUGCCCCCGACUUUUGUUCUCGAUAUAUGUAUAAUUAAAAUCAAAUAAAACAGUCAUUCA